AUGACAACCAAGAAUAGUUUGGUGACACUUGGAGAGACAGGUGACCCCCAGGAACAGCCUGGACCGGGGCACAAUGGGCUAGCACCACUGAGUGCAAGAACUGAACAGCAACAGCGCGCAGGUUUGAUCCCUGGUGAGACGCAGGAGGAUCCUAGUCAGGUCACAACCCAUAGUACUGGGGACCUCUCCGCUGCUGAACAGCUCACUGCCCAGACAAGGAGUGCUACUUCGACACUACCAGGCGAGAUGAAGGAUGAAGAGGACCCGCUUCUGGAAUUACUAAGAGAAGAAGAACAAACUGAGCAAAUACACGACCUGCCGCAGCCCAAAGCCAAUCAGGCCGCAGUGGAACAACGACAACCAAUUGACUGGCCGAAGACCACAGACAAAAGAGCCUGGAACGACUUAGACAAGGAGCUAGAUGCCAUACUGACAUCCACCAUGCAAGGACCAGUAGAUAGGAAGUUAAAGUGCAUGACAACUCUAGUCUACACGGUGGCUAAGGAGCGAUUUGGCACCAAGAAAACACGUCGACCAAAGCCCCAGCAGACACCCAACAGGAGACAGAGUCGCAUGAAACAGAUUAGAGGAGAGCUGAAGAGCCUCAACAAGGCAUACAAGAAGGCAAGUCAAGAAGAGAGAUUGGGCCUCCAGGAGCUACGAGACAUUCUCAGGAAAGAGCUACAGACUUUAAGGAAGGCUGAGAAUGCGAGAACGGCGAAAAGAAGAAGGGCACAAAAGAGAGCGGAGUUUGUAUCUAACCCAUACAAAUUUUCCAAGCAACUUCUGGACAAAGAAAGGUCAGGCCAAUUAGAAACCAGUAUGGCAGACAUCAAGGAACACCUCAGACAGGUUCACUCAGAUCCAGACAGGUUAAUACCACUCGGGGAUUGCCCAAGACUAGAACAUGUCGUACCCCCAACAUCCCCACUGGAAUGUAAAGAGCCCUCGCUCUUAGAGGUGAAAGAAGUUGUGAGGAAAGCGAGAAUGGGAUCAGCCCCAGGACCAAACAAGAUACCAUACAAGGUCUACAAGAUGUGCCCUCUCCUGCUACGUAGACUAUGGAACCUACUUAAGGUGAUCUGGAGGAAGGGGAUAAUACCUGAUGAGUGGCUACAUGCCGAAGGUAUAUUUACUCCAAAGGAGAAGAACUCCAAACACAUUAGCCAGUUCAGAACAAUAUCUUUGCUAAACGUGGAAGGCAAGAUAUUCUUCGCCAUCUUAUCCAGAAGACUGACAACCUACCUUACCACAAAUGGGUACAUUGAUACGACAGUCCAGAAGGGUGGAGUGCCAGGCUUCUCAGGGUGUGUUGAGCAUACCAGUGCAAUCAGCCAGCUCAUUAGAGAAGCAAAGGUGAACAAAUCAGACCUGACUGUAGUAUGGCUAGACCUUGCAAACGCCUAA